AUGCCGGCUUCACCAAGUGGUACUUCUGUUGGUAAAGGUGAUUCAGGUAAAGUAGCUGGGCCACGAUCAACUGGUGGUGGUGCUGGUGUUCGUCAACGUAAAUCAACAGCACCUGCACGUAGUCGACCAGGUACUGGUGGUGGUGCAAGUGCAGGUGUUUGGCGUUUUUAUACAGAAGAUUCUCCAGGUCUUAAAGUUGGUCCUGUACCUGUACUUGUUAUGAGUUUAAUUUUCAUUGCAAGCGUAUUCAUGUUACAUAUAUGGGGAAAAUAUACAAAAUAG